AUGGUCGGAGCCGAAUUCAGGUAUGUACUUUUAAUUUAUUACGAGCUUGUAUACUCAAACAAGAGAUCCCAGAUCUUAAACAUAAACAUGGCACACAGACAUUUAGAUGGCUAUAAAGCUCUGGACUCAAAGGAGCAUGUCAACCACAUUGUGGCCUCAUGCCCAAUACUAGCGCCAAAAGAAUAUACGCAUCGACACAAUAGGAUCGCUAAUUGUCUACAUUGGUCAACCCUGAAAGAACCUGGUCAAAAUGUACCUGACCGCUGGUACGAUCACCAGCCUGAAAAGGUUGUCGAGUUUGACAAUACAGCACUCAUGUACGACAUGGCUAUAAACGCCGACCGUAGUGGGCUGCAGAAAUAUCUCGAUGAACUACCUGGAAAGGAAAGUGUUGCACAAGAGCAGAAGAUGGCCCUACUCUGUACUGCCCACAUACUUCACAAGUUUCUAACAGCAGGGAACUAA